AUGGAGACGCUUCUGGAGAAGCUCGAGCUCGCGGUGGGAGUCAAGACGGCAGCUCCGGUGUACGACGACAAUGGGGAGGAGAUUAUCAAGGAGACGACGACGGAGGGUGAAGCUGUGGCUCUGGCUCGGCUGGUAGCGGAGCUGAAGAAGACUCAGGAGAAUGUGCCGCUGCUUCGCGGCGAAGAUCCCGAUGAUGAUGCCUUUGCUCAGCUCACAGACUGGCUGGUGAGCAAGUUUGUGGUCGAGCUCGAUGGCGGCGAGGAGGCCAAGCUGAGGUUCGGCGUCGCUGUGGGCGAUGGCGAGGCCGGCAACGGGCUAGUCGCCAACAAGCCCAUUGCUGCAGGUGAGCAGAUCGUGUUUGUCCACUCCAAGCUGAUGAUGUCGGAGGAGACGGCGCUGGCCUGUCCGCACCUCGGCCCGUUUGCCAAGGACGACAAGGUCAUCUCGGCCUUCCCCUCGCUCCUCCUCGCGCUCCACGUCAUGCAAGAGGCGACGGAUGGUAAGUCCUCCAAGUUUGCACCGUACAUUGCGGCGCUCCCGGCGUCAUUUAACACGCCGCUCUACUGGGGCACCCGCGAGUUUGGCGCGCUGGCGGCCGGCGGAUCGCCCGCGCUUGGCGAGGCGUACGCCGUCCUCAAGACCGCGGUCCGGCAGUAUCUGUACCUCCAGGACAAGGUCUCGUCGUUCUCGAUUGCGCACCGGCGGUUCUCGUGGGCCAACUUUGCAUGGGCGCUCGGCGUGGUGGCGACUCGGCAGAACGCCGUGCCUAAGGCGUCCAGCGGCCUCACCCGCAACUUGGUCGACGCGCAGGUCGACAAGGACACGAAGACGCAGCUUGCGCUUGUCCCGGCCACGGCGCCGCGCGACUUUGCACCCGGCGAGCCGAUCACCAUCUUCUACGGCCCGCGGCCAAACUCUGCCCUGCUCAUCCACUCGGGCUUUGUCCCGCACUACGCCAACCACUGGGACACGUAUGAGGUGACGCUCGACAUUGCCGCCCUUCCCGGGCGCGAGCCGGCCGACCCCGCCGACCCCAUCGCCAGGCUCCACCCGCUUGUUCUCCGCCAGCUCAAUAUUGCGCCGGUCUGCAAGUUCUACCUCAAUGCGCAGAUGCUCGACCCGAACAUGGUUGCCUUUGUUCGCCUCGGCUGCAUCGACUCGAAGGACGACAUGACUCGCCGGGCCAAGCUGUUUGAGGGCGGCUCGGUCUCGAUUGUCAACGACGAGGCGGCGUACACCUCGAUCCGUGCCCUCGUCGCCGACCUUCUCGCCACCAAGCCGAACCGCGCCCUCGACGCGCCAGACGCCUUUCUGGAGGAGGCGCGGUUCAAGGACAUUGCUCGCCUCAUUCUUGGCGAGAUCGAGCUCCUUCGCGCCAACCUGGGCUUUGUCGACAACGCCCUCGCUGCCAUUGCCGCCAAGCGGGAGCGGAAGCGGCUUGCGCGGAUCGCCAAGAAGAACAAGGCCAAGCAGUCGGCAAACGCUGCAGACGGUGAGUAA